AUGAAUAAUGCUCUUCUCUUAAAAUGGAAGAGGAGAAUCUUGCAUGACGAUGAGGCUAUUUGGAAUAGUUUUAUAAAAGCUAGGUACUUUUGUCCUAAAAUUAGAAUUCAAGUUGACGGGGGAAUGUGGCAAAGAAAGGGUGAAUCUAUUUGGUGGAAAGAUUUAUGCAAGAUUAAUUUGUUGGAGGAUAGGGUCGCAAACGAUUUUUCCGGGAGUUUCAUGUGUUGUUGCAAGAAUGGCAAAGAUGUUCUUUUUUGGCAUAAUAGGUGGUUGGGCGAUCAACCUCUACGCUUGGUCUUUCCGGAUUUAUAUGCUCUUUCUAGCAAGAAACAUUGCACGGUGGCGGAUAUUUUAGAAUGGAUGGAUGGGAUACAUAGAUGGAGGUGGGAAGCUUUGUUCUCGGCCGAUUCCAUUUUCGACAGUAGCAUAACAGCCGCGGCUGCUGCCAGCCAGAACUGGGCUCGGUUUGUCGACAUGCUCUGCGGAUUCCUUCCUUGCGAUUUAAGUCGAGACACUUUCUCUUGGUCCUUCAAUGGAGACAACGUUUUUUCCGUCUCAAGUUUGGCUCAUGCGGUUGAUAAUGCCAAACCUUUAGCUUGGGAUCCUAAAGUUAUCGAUUCGUUGAAAGUGUUGUGGGAUCUUAAGCUCCCGCCGAAGAUUAAGAUCUUUGCUUGGAAAGUCUUCAUUGAUCGGAUACCAACUAGAGACCAAUUGUUGAAUAGAGGUGUUGUUAACGUUACUUGUCCGGAUUGUGUGAUGUGUGGCUCUUGCCUUGAAUCUUCUUCCCAUCUUUUUUUCAAUUGCCAAGAGGUGAAAGGUAUUUGGAAGCAUGUCUUCUUAUGGCUUGGCACACCGAACGAAUUUACCGAAGAGGAGAUGCUUAGUUUUGAUGUCAUUCAAGAAAAGGUGAAUUGUAGUAAACGUCGUAUUUUGAUCAACUACGUUUGGUUUGCUACUAUUUGGAGUAUUUGGCUUAUGAGGAAUGCCAUUAUUUUUAAGGGGGAGGUUUUUUGUUUUGAUGUCAUUUGUUCUAACAUUGUCUUUCUUUCUUGGAGGUGGUUAUGUAGUGGAUAUACUAAGUUUAGACCAAUUUACUAUGAAUGGUUUAAACUUCCAUUAUCCGUUCCUUUUUCCCUCUAG